AGAAAUAUCCCAACGAGUGCAAUUACAUCCAUAAUGAUAAGAGAUCACACGGCAAAGGCCGAGGUGGAUACAAGAACCGUGGUCGUGACAAUUACUCGAACAACCGAGACAACUACUCAGCCGGCCGGAAAGGAAACCACAAUAACAGUGGUCGUGGUUCCAAUCCCGGCCGUGGCCGAGGCAGUUAUGGCCGAGGUCGAGGCGGUAUAUCCAAACCGUCUUACUCGACCAAAUCCGUUUGUCACAGAUGUGGGAUGGGCAACCUGUAAUGACCCCAACCCUAGGCUUUGCCCAAGGGUCAAGUCAUUUUUCUUUAAAGAGAGAGAGAGAGAGAGAGAGAGAGAGAGAGAGAGAGAGAGAGAGAGAGAGAGAGAGAGGGAAGGAAGAAGCUCACCAAGAGUCCUCGCCGGAGCCACCGCACGCCAGGACGUCAUCAAGCUCGUCAUCACCAUCAACCGCAGCUCGAGGCCAUCAUCGUGUUCCUCUCGUCAAGACGAAGCCGUAGACACCAACCGCGUCGCGAUCGGAGCCUGGACGAAGCCGUACGCGCCCCCCGAAGAUUCGCCUCUGCGCGCGCGUGAGUUACACGCGCCGCCGUCGGACCACCGUCCUCCGCCGCAGCGCCGCCGCCGGACCACCGUUCUCCGCCGUCGCCGCCGGCCAACUUUCCGAUUUGGAGUCCAUUUGAGCAGCUGGAGUUCAUAUAUACCACUUCUCUUCAUUGCUAAGAUGGCGCCCAGGAAGAGAGUUGUUCGUACUCAGACUGCCAGAGUUGCUAGAGAGGCUGAGGAUGAGCAUGUCCAACCCGCAGUUCCGCAGCAGGCGGCUCCGCCUAUUGAUCAGGAUGCUUUGAGACAGAUGGUUCAGGAUGCGGCUAGGCAGGCUGCACAGGAGACAGUCCAGCAAGCUGCCCAGGAGGCUGCCCGAAUAGCUGCUCAGGAGGUUGCCAGACAGAUGGCUGCAGUACAGCAGGGUCCGCAGAUUCGCAUGCAGCAGGCUCCACCAGUUCAGGUUCAGCAUUAUCAUCAGGUUCCACAUCAGCCGGCUCCAGUCCAGCAGUACCCUCAGGUUCCUGUUCAGCCGGUUCCAGGAGUUUUUCAGGUUCCACCGCCGCCACCUGCUUUCCCAGUUCAGGUGCCCGAGGUUGAUGAGACAUUUAUCAGGGUGUUGGGACAGAUGAAGUAUGUGAGCUUGGAGCAUUUCACUGGAACGACGGAACCUACAGUUGCUCACGAUUGGAAGCACAAUUUGGAUAAGUGUUUGAAGACCAUCUCGUGCCCACCAAGGCUCAAGCUAAACAUCGCUGAGUUGUAUUUGCGCGGAGAUGCAUCAAUCUGGUGGGAUGGAGUGAGAUUGAUGCACCGUGGCGAGCUGACAUAUGAUGAUUUUCUUUACGCGUUCAAUAAGAAGUAUUUUCCGAGGGAAGCUUUGCAUGAGAAGAAGAAUGAUUUCGAGCAUUUGAGACAGGGUGCAAAGUCUGUCAGGGAGUAUGAGCGGGAGUUUAACCAGCUCCGCAGAUUUGUGGGUAACAACAUAGAUGAGGAGGAUCUGAUCAGGAGGUUCUUAGAUGGGAUGCGAGUAGAGCUUCGUGGUAGGUGCAGUGUGGUUACCUACACCAGUUUGGAGGAUCUGGUAGAGAAGGCGGCUGUGCAGGAGAAAUGUAUGGGUGAGGAGCAGAAGUUCUCCAAAGCAGUUCAGCCUAAGGCAGGAGGGGCUUCGGGGUCGCAGAAGAGGCCUUGGGAGCAGACUGGAGCACCCCGUUGUGGGCGUUGUCGUCGCCACCAUUUUGGGGAAUGUUUCCAGUGCUAUAAUUGCGAUCAGUUUGGGCAUCUUGCGAAGAACUGUAGGAAGCCACCACGAACUCAGGUUGCAACACCAGCAGCAGCAGUAGCACCAGCAGUGGCAACGAGGAACUGUUACGGCUGCAACCAGCCGGGUCACAUCUACAGAGAUUGUCCGAGGAGAGGCAAUGCGGCACUUCCACCACCACCGAAGCGUCUAGCCAUCGCUCCACGUGUCUUUGCAGUUGGAGAUCCCCAGGGAGCUGAGCCGAUAGCGGGAUCGGUUUUGGUUGGAGGAAAGUCAGCUCACACCUUAUUCGACACGGGAGCCUCUCAUAGUUUUGUGAGUCCACGCUUAGCCCAGUCUUGGCCUUUUCGGGGUGUAUUCGAACCGAAGGCUAAGAAGAUUCAGACUGCCGGCACGGAGAGAUUGGGAGCAGUCGGCGUCCAUCGCAAUGUACCAGUUAUUCUUGGAGGAGUUGAGUUGCUCGGAGAUUUGACGGAACUGGAGAUGAGCUGCUACGAUGUUAUACUUGGAAUGGAUUGGUUGUCACGACAUCAAGUAGUACUGGAUUGUCCGAGAGCGAGAGUCCAUAUCCCCAGAGCAGAAGGGAAGAUCAUAUUCCAGGGGAUUAAGACGCACCAUGGAAUUUCCAUUGUCUCCAUGUUGCGCGCAGAUGAGCUACUGGAGAGAGGAGCAGAAGGAUUUUUGGCGACCAUUUCGAUGGUUAAGGAGGAUGGUCAGCAGGAGCUGCAUGACAUUCCAGUGGUUUUCGAGUACGAAGACGUUUUUGAGGCUUUAAAAGGGCCGCCACCAGCUAGAGCAGACGUUCUUGCGAUCGAGGUGGAGCCAGGAGCAACACCAGUUUCACGAGCCCCAUACCGCCUUGCACCAGCUGAGAUGGCGGAAUUGAAGAAACAGUUGGAAGAGUUAUCAGAUAAGGGAUUUAUCAGGCCGAGUACUUCACCGUGGGGAGCACCAGUGUUGUUCGUGAAAAAGAAAGAUGGGAGUUUCAGACUUUGUAUCGACUAUAGAGGUCUGAACAAAGUGACCAUCAAGAAUAAGUAUCCGCUUCCGCGUAUUGACGAGUUGUUGGACCAGUUGCAGGGAGCUUCUUGGUUCUCUAAGAUUGACUUGGCAUCGGGAUACCACCAGAUUGCGAUAGCUGAUGGAGAUGUGCGGAAGACGGCCUUCCGUACACGCUAUGGGCAUUAUGAGUUUGUGGUGAUGCCAUUUGGAUUGACGAACGCACCGGCAGCGUUCAUGAAGCUUAUGAAUGAUGUGUUUCGGGAGCACUUGGAUAAGUGUGUGAUCGUUUUCAUCGACGACAUUUUGGUUUAUUCUCGGAGUAGAGAAGAGCAUGCUGAGCAUUUGAGGGUUGUGCUGGAUAAGCUUCGGGAACACCAGUUGUUUGCCAAGCUGAGUAAGUGUAGCUUUUGGCAGAGGAAGAUUGGAUUUUUGGGCCAUGUGAUUUCAGAAGCAGGAGUUGCCGUAGAUCAGGAGAAGAUUACCGCCAUUUCAGAGUGGCCGACGCCAAAGAAUGCUACGGAGAUCCGCAGUUUUCUCGGUUUGGCGGGGUACUACAGGAAGUACGUCAAGAGUUUUGCUAGCAUUGCAAAGCCAAUGACGAAGCUGACGGGCAAAGACGUCAAGUUUGAUUGGUCAGACGAUUGCUCGAGGAGUUUCACUGAGUUAAAGCGACAGCUGACCCAUGCGCCCGUUUUGGUACUCCCGAGGCCAGGGAUACCAUAUGAGGUUUACACUGAUGCGUCAGGCACUGGUUUAGGAUGUGUAUUGAUGCAGGAAGGUCAGGUCAUUGCAUAUGCAUCACGUCAGUUGAGGCCUCACGAGGUCAACUAUCCUACGCAUGAUUUAGAGUUAGCAGCAGUUGUAUUUGCACUGAAGAUCUGGAGAUCAUAUUUAUAUGGGGAGAAGGUGAAGAUCUUCACGGACCAUAAGAGUUUGAAAUAUAUCUUCACUCAGGCGGAUUUGAAUUUGAGGCAGCGUAGGUGGGUCGAGUUGUUAGCAGACUACAACCUGGAUAUUGCUUAUCAUCCGGGAAAAGCUAAUCAAGUAGCAGAUGCCUUGAGCAGGCGCAGGAGCGAUGUUUCAGGAACCAAGGAGGUUCAAGAGUUUACUAGGACACUUGCUAGUCUCAAAUUGUGUGCCACUACCGUGGAAGGUGAGGCAGUUGGCCUCGAGGCUGUGGAGCAAGCAGAUUUGUUAUGGAAAGUGCGUAAGGCUCAGGAUGCUGAUAAGGCUUUGUGUAAGCAGAUCGAGAUUGAGAGUAUUGGAUAUCAUACAGCUUCGAGUGGGAUGUUCAUGUAUCGGAACCGGGUUUGUGUGCCUAAUGAUGAGUUGUUAAAAAAGGAAAUCUUGCAGCAGGCACACCACUCGCGUUUCUCUAUUCAUCCAGGAAACACCAAGAUGUACAAGGAUCUCAAGCGUUAUUAUCAUUGGCUUGGCAUGAAGAGGGAUGUUGCUUCAUUUAUAUCGCAGUGUCAGACGUGUCAGAUGGUCAAGGCCGAGCAUCAGGUGCCUAGCGGGUUAUUGCAGAACCUGCCAUUGCCAGAGUGGAAAUGGGACAUGGUAACUAUGGAUUUUGUGACGGGGUUGCCAACCACCUUAGGAGGAAAGAAUGCCAUCUGGGUAAUCGUGGAUAGACUUACCAAGUCAGCCCAUUUUCUAGCUAUUAAGAAGACGGACAAAGCUGAUCAGUUAGCACAGACUUACAUCAGCGAGAUUGUGAGAUUGCAUGGAGUUCCUGUCAGCAUUGUAUCAGAUCGAGAUACAAAGUUUACGUCCGAAUUUUGGAGAGCCUUCCAGAAGGCGCUUGGGACGAAAGUGCAUAUGAGUACGGCUUAUCACCCGCAGACAGACGGUCAGUCAGAGAGGACGAUUCAGACUUUGGAGGAUAUGCUUAGAGCUUGUGUUUUGGAUUGGGAAGGGAGUUGGGCAAAGUACCUACCCCUAACGGAGUUCGCCUACAAUAAUAGUUAUCACUCGAGCAUUAAGAUGGCACCAUAUGAGGCUCUUUAUGGUAGGCCUUGUCGCACACCGCUUUGUUGGACCGAAGUGGGGGAGCGACGUGAGAUAGAACCUGCAAUGGUUCAAGAGACAGUUGAGCAGGUUGAGAUGCUUAAGAUGCGGCUUAGGGAAGCCCAUGACCGUCAGAAGAGUUAUGCAGAUAAGCGGCGUAAAGAUCUGGAGUUCCAGGUUGGCGACCUGGUAUACCUGAAAAUGAGGACAUUUCAGGGAGGAUCUAAGACUCGGAAGCUGAAGAAGCUUAAACCGAGAUAUAUGGGACCAUAUCCCAUUUUGGAGCGAAUUGGAGCAGUUGCUUACCGAUUGGAUUUAUCCGAAGAGUUAUCAGAUUUCCAUGACGUGUUUCAUGUUUCGGUUUUGAGGAAAGUCGUGAGAGAACCAGAGCUCAUUUUGCAGCAGCCGCCCAGUGACCUUGGUAGGAAUUUGCGUGCGCCGUGUCAGCCAGUAGAGCUAUUGGAUCGCCAAGUGAAAGCAGAUGAUGGUAUGAUGACUAUGUUGGUCAAAGUUCGUUGGGAGAGAGAUGGUAUUCAGGAAGAAACUUGGGAGUCCGAGCCCCAGAUGAGGAUUGAUUAUCCGGAGCUUUUCCGGGUUGACGUUGGACAUGACAACUUAUGAAUUGAAUUCGGGGACGAAUUCCUUGUAAGUAGGGGAGAAUUGUAAUGACCCCAACCCUAGGCUUUGCCCAAGGGUCAAGUCAUUUUUCUUUAAAGAGA